AUGGGUUGGUCCGAACCAGAGGUGACAUGCAAGAACCACCCAGAUCUCAAUCAAUCACAAGGUGUAUGUGCAUCUUGUCUGAGAGAGAGACUGACCGAUCUCUAUAUGCCAUCACAGAUCAACAACAGGGCACCAUCUCCUUCUCCAUCUUCACCGGGUCGUCGUCAUCAUCAUCAUCAUCAUCAUCACAAGCGGGUCGGGUCGGAUAUAAUAGGUUCAAUACCCUAUAUUGUAAGUGUUGGUAAUGGAUUGAAGAAGAGCAAAUCCAUCACUUUUGUGCCGAGAAACACAGUUGGUGGUGAGGGUAAGAAGAAGGGGUUCUGGUCAAAAUUGCUUCUUCAUUCAAAAGGGAACAAGAAGGAGGUUCUCAUGCAUUCCAGGACUACCAUCUUGUUUGAACGAAUCAGUGAUGACAAAUCUGCUUAA